AUGUUCCAGGGUCUUUUCCAGUCUGUUGUUCCUAAAGAUAUGCAACUUGCAGACUGCUGUGGCAACGAACCGUUACCUCUGGCCUGUUGUCCACCGCCAAAGCCAUGCUGUGCGCCAGCUUAUGGUCCGUGCUGUCCUGCUGCUCCGGUUUGUUGCAGGAAACCGUGCUGCAAAGGGCGUCGAAUCGAAUUACCUCCUGAAGCUGAAUUGCUUCCACCACCACAGUUCACUCCACCUGUAACUUCUUUAUUAGUCGUUCGUGUCAGACUUGAGAUUCGAAAACUGUCGGAAACUGGAAAAUACCUCCAGUUCUGA